UCAUUAGCUGUUAUAAAUUCACUGUAGACCAUGGCUUCUUGUGGCUUAUUGCUUUAAUAGGAACCACCUACUUUAGCAACCACAAAGGACAAUCUAGCUUAAAACUGCUAUUAAGGUGUUUAUGCUAAACACUGUUAAAACUGCAUAUCAACAUGAUAAAUACAAGGUAUCAGAUCUCUGUGUGGAGCACUGGUUGUUGUCAGGCAAAAAUCUCACUGGUUUGUUACAAUUAAUGGAAAAAUGAAUGUCUGGAAAUGCAAACUGAUAUGUCCUACUGACACACUACUACAAAAGAUAGAAAUAAGUGACUUUAAACCAUUUUUAGCUGGUGAAAUACUAGUGUUCAAAUAAUUUUGGCCACCACUGUAUAUUUUUAAUUAACGUUUAUUUUUAUCAGUAAAGUAAUACCUGUAAUGUUUCCAGAUGUGGUGAUUAAAAGAAAAGCAAGCACAUUUCGAAAGAUCAUAAUUAAGACCACAUUAACACACACGCAUUUUCCUCUCAAUGCAUUUCCCUCUCAAUGCAUGUCAUCUUCAUAUCUAUUUCCAAUAAAAUCCCACAAAAUUUCUUCACCAAAUUAAAAACCCCUGGUUCUGUCCCCGGUAUGUACAGACCUACACUGUAAGUGUUUGUGCGCCCAACCCUCAAGCUUCACCAUGAAGUAUGACACUGACACAAGCGUAUAAAUAGGUACAUUAUUACAGGCAGGUAACAUGACACUGGUAUGGGCGCUCGUGCUUUGUGUGGUGGAUGAUGGGACAAUAGCCGCUCAUAUGACAAUGAGCCCCUUUGGCUAUUCAUAGCUAUUGUCCACAGCUACGUCUAGCUGUUGUUAGCUGGAGUGUGUCUGUGUGUGUGCAAGCGUUUUCAGGAAAAAACAAACCGAAGAAAGCUCAAGAUGUGGAAACGAGAAAAAAUGUGGAUGAUUAAGCCACCUACUGAGCACCCAAAGGAGUCAAAAUACAGGCCUGUGCUGGAGAGUUUACUCCCCCGUGACCCAAUGAGCAGGUUUAAUCUGAAGAGAGGCUCCCCUAAAGACGAGUUCCCAAACCUGGACCAAAACUACACCCUGAUGGGCCGGAUCCUCAGCCUGCACAUGUAUACACGACAGUUCAACCGGGCAACUGAAAGCGGGGUCAUUUUUGAUGAUAUCAUACGCCCCGGACUUGAGGAUCCAGGUCAGCCCACAGGACCGAAAGCAGUGGGCUGUUUGGCAGGAGAUGCUCAGUCAUAUAUCCUGUUCUGUGACUUCUUUGACCGUAUUAUCGAGUCUUACCAUGGCUACAAGGUCACCACUGACAUUGUUCAAGAGAGUGACUUCAAUUAUGACAACCUGAAGGGUGGUGAUGACUUUGAUCAAGAAUAUGCUUUGAGCUGUGAGGUGACUGCAGGCCGCAGCAUUGAGGACUACUGCUUCCCCACACACUGCAGCAGAGGAGAGCGCAGACAGCUCUUCACACUGGCCAAAACAGUUUUAGAGCAGCUGGGUGAGGAUCUGCCUGGAAAGCUUUACUCUAUAGCUGAACUUAGCCAUGAGAGUGAAGAUCGCAAGGUUAUGAUGGACUCUCCACCAUUGUCUUUGAUAAAGAUCGGUGUGGCUCGUGACUGGCCCGAUGCAAGGGCACUGUGGUUAAGUGAGGAUGGGACCCUGGCUAUUUGGGUGAACAUGGAAGACCACCUGAAACUGGUGUCUUACAGAAGUGAUGCCUGCUUACAAGAGGCCUUUAAAACAGUCUGCAUCAGUGUGAUGAAGUUGGAGACCCUAUAUAAGAAACUGAGACAUGCAUUUAUCUGGAAAUCUCACUUGGGCUGGGUGGUCAGCUCACCUGCAGAGGUCGGCACAGGCCUGAAGGCAAGCGUCACAGUGAAACUGAUGCAUCUCGCCGAGAACAAACGCAUGGACGACAUCCUAGACAGACUACGACUUCAGAUGGAAGUAACUGAUUGUCCUGGCAUCUACAAAAUCAGCAACCUGCAGACCAUUGGUUUUAAUGAAGUGGAGCUGACCCAGCUAGUAGUGGAUGGGGUCAAACUUCUCAUCCGAAUGGAGAAAAGACUGGAGAACAAUGGUGGUAUAGAUGACCUGGUACCUGCUCAGAAGUGAAGCGAACAUCAGGAAGCUUUAUGUUUUAUUGACAACCGAAAAACCAUCGCUCUAGAGAAAAUUACUCUGUUCUGAUCAACACUAUGAUGAAAAAGGGACUUUGCAACAAGUUUUUCUUGAUGUUUGUAAAAUAUUGUUGAUCCUAGCUGUUUGGUGAAUCUCAUGUAGAAAUGUCCAGAUUAUAUUUCACCCUAUUCUACAUAAAGACAAUGAAGCCUAUUUAGGCCCAUUACAAUCUUCUCACAAAGCCAUUAUAGACACAUUUCCAUGAAAAUGACACAACACAUAAUUGUAAAGGUUUUAAAAUAGGCUCAAUUUUCUUUAAUAUGUAGUUUUUUAUUUUUCUGGGUUUGAAAUAUGUCCUAGGUGAUUCACUGAACUGAAAACUACAUUUAGGACUUUUGCUGCAUUUGAGUAAGAUUAAUUCCAGUUUUCAGCUGGUUAUCAAAACCAACCAUAAUACAUGUAAUUAUUGCAACGAGGUAUGCGAUAAAUUUAUAAAAAAAAGGACACAAGACAUUUUAGCUCAAAGACUCAUUUCAAGUAAGCUUUAAUGUGCUCCAGUGGGACUGUACCACAGCGUCCCAAGGGAUUUUUCCGCAAAAAAUGUACAGUACUAUGUCCAGAGAAUAAAUGGGAAGAGGGUGUGGAAGGAUGAAAUGUGUUCAAGAGUUUAAUUGCAUUUUUUUUGGAGAUCCUCAGCCUUCCACUUGCUUCCCGUCCAAACGGUUUCAUCCAUACAGCCUUUAAUAAAAUAAAAUAAAAAAA